UCUGGGCCUGUGUGCAGAACCCUUUCGGGGGAGGCGGGAGGCUGUCGACCUUCCGUAGGGCGCUGGAGACGGGACUAGGACGUCCCUGAGGAAGGCGCGGGCUUGGAAUGUUCUCUGAGAGCUUGGGCAGCCAAUAAGAGUGGGGUUCGGACUUUCUUUGAGCGUGGGAUUGGGAAUGUUUCUGAACCUUACCUGGUGGAGCUAGAAUAUUCGCCUGGAUAUGAGAGGCACCAGGAUGAGCACAGGGAGGAACCCUCAGUGCUGCGUCUAGAUUCUGCAGGGGAGGUUUGCUGGGACCUUGGCUCCGCCCAGCCAGCGAAAUGGCAGCCACACUCGAUUUGAAAUCAAAGGAGGAGAAGGAUGCUGAGUUGGACAAGAGGAUCGAGGCUCUUCGGCGGAAGAAUGAGGCCCUCAUCCGGCGCUACCAGGAGAUUGAGGAAGACCGUAAGAAAGCUGAACUUGAGGGAGUCGCAGUCACAGCUCCCCGAAAGGGCCGCUCAGUGGAGAAGGAGAACGUGGCAGUGGAGUCGGAGAAGAACCUGGGUCCUUCCCGGAGGUCUCCUGGGACCCCUCGGCCCCCAGGGGCCAGCAAGGGGGGCCGGACUCCUCCACAGCAGGGAGGCCGGGCCGGCAUGGGCCGAGCAUCGCGCAGCUGGGAGGGCAGCCCCGGGGAGCAGCCUCGAGGAGGAGGAGCUGGGGGCCGUGGCCGGAGGGGCCGGGGCCGAGGUUCCCCUCACCCCUCUGGAGCUGGAGACACCUCAAUCUCUGACCGUAAAUCCAAGGAGUGGGAGGAGCGGCGCAGGCAGAACAUUGAGAAGAUGAAUGAGGAGAUGGAGAAGAUCGCCGAGUAUGAGCGCAACCAGCGGGAAGGGGUUCUUGAACCCAACCCAGUGCGGAACUUCCUGGACGACCCCCGGCGACGCAGUGGGCCCCUGGAGGAGUCUGAGCGGGACCGCCGGGAGGACAGCCGCCGGCACGGCCGCAACUGGGGGGGCCCCGACUUCGAGCGGGUGCGCUGUGGCCUUGAGCACGAGCGGCAGGGCCGCCGAGCUGGCCUGGGCAGUGCUGGAGACAUGACGUUGUCCAUGACGGGCCGGGAGCGGUCGGAGUACCUGCGCUGGAAGCAGGAGAGGGAGAAGAUCGACCAGGAGCGGCUGCAGAGGCACCGCAAGCCCACUGGCCAGUGGCGGCGCGAGUGGGAUGCCGAGAAGACCGAUGGGAUGUUCAAGGAUGGCCCAGUCCCUGCCCAUGAACCAUCCCACCGCUAUGAUGACCAGGCCUGGGCCCGGCCCCCGAAGCCCCCUACUUUUGGGGAGUUCCUGUCCCAGCACAGAGCUGAGGCCAGCAGCCGCAGAAGGAGAAAGAGCAGUCGGCCCCAGGCCAAGGCAGCGCCCAGGGCCUACAGUGACCAUGAUGACCGCUGGGAGACAAAAGAAGGGGCAGCAUCCCCAGCCCCUGAGACUCCACAGCCUACUUCCCCCGAGACUUCCCCCAAGGAGACACCCAUGCAGCCACCCGAGAUCCCAGCUCCUGCCCACCGGCCUCCUGAAGACGAGGGGGAAGAGAAUGAGGGGGAAGAGGAUGAAGAAUGGGAGGACAUAAGUGAGGAUGAGGAGGAGGAGGAGAUCGAGGCGGAAGAAGGUGAUGAGGAGGAACCAGCCCAAGACCACCAAGUCCCAGAGGCUGCCCCCACCGGGAUCCCCUGCAGUGAGCAGGCCCACGGAGUCCCCUUCAGUCCGGAGGAGCCCCUGCCGGAGCCCCAGGCCCCUGGCACACCUUCCAGCCCUUUCUCACCACCCAGCGGCCACCAGCCUGUGUCCGAUUGGGGUGAAGAGGUGGAGCUGAAUUCUCCCCGGACCACCCACCUGGCUGGCGCCCUCUCUCCGGGAGGUGGCCAGUCAGCCCCUGCCUUCCCGGAGAGUGGGCCCAGCCUCCGAGGAACCCAGAAAGCUGAAGAGGAAGGGUCUGAGGCAACUCCAGAGGCAGGCCCCGAAGGCCAGGAGACGGCGGAGAUCACCGACUUCCAGAGGGUGCGUUUCUGCAAGGUGGUGGCGGCCCCUCCGCCGCCGGGGGCCGCUCGCUGACCGCGCCCGCCGGACCGCGGCCUCCGCGCUCUGCACUAACCUCCCACCGCCUCGCUCCUCUGUCCUCUGCUUCUGCCACACUCCAGCCAGGAGAGGGUUAAAUCUAAGGGGGGAGGAGCCAGGGUCUGCGAGCCGGACGGGGCCAGGGCAGUAGUCGGGUGCAGGCCCCACCAACGGGGGACGUCAUGGCACUGGGACGGCUGGGACGCUUCCGCGUUAGUCUCCCAUGGAGGCCCUGGGCGGCUCGAGCUAGUCUUCAGGCCGAAUCUCCCGCCUCCAGGAUUGCAUCCGAGGCCUGGCAGCCGGUGACUCUUCCGAAGGGCUUGAAUUACUCGGGCGCCAGCCCUGUCGUAUUAAACGCAGUGCUUCCGCUCA